CCAUUGACUCCCGCGGUCUCCUCCAUCCUCCGCUUUAAAGUCUUCAACGGGUCCACGCCAGGGCCACCUAGGGCCAUGACUAAGACAGAUCCUGCCCCAAUGGGUCCUCCACCCCGAGGGGAGGAGGAAGAGGAAGAGGAAGAGGAUGAGCCUAUCCCCGAAGCCCCCAGCCCCACCCAGGAGCGCCGGCAGAAGCCUGUUGUGCACCCGUCGGCACCUGCCCCCCUACCUAAGGACUACGCCUUCACCUUCUUCGAUCCCAAUGACCCGGCAUGCCAGGAGAUUCUGUUUGACCCACAGACAACCAUCCCAGAACUAUUUGCCAUUGUUCGCCAGUGGGUACCCCAAGUCCAGCACAAGAUAGAUGUCAUCGGCAAUGAGAUCCUGCGUCGAGGCUGCCAUGUGAACGAUCGUGAUGGGCUCACGGACAUGACCCUGCUCCACUAUGCAUGCAAAGCUGGGGCCCAUGGAGUUGGGGACCCCGCAGCGGCUGUGCGCCUCUCGCAGCAGCUGCUGGCCCUGGGCGCCGAUGUGACCUUGCGAAGCCGCUGGACCAACAUGAAUGCGCUUCACUACGCGGCCUAUUUCGAUGUCCCGGACCUCGUCCGCGUGCUGCUGAAAGGCGCGAGGCCCCGGGUGGUGAACUCUACAUGCAGUGACUUCAACCAUGGCUCAGCCCUGCACAUUGCUGCCUCGAACCUGUGUCUGGGUGCGGCCAAAUGUUUGUUGGAGCACGGUGCCAAUCCAGCACUGAGGAACCGAAAGGGACAGGUGCCAGCUGAAGUCGUCCCGGACCCCAUGGACAUGUCCCUUGACAAAGCAGAGGCUGCGCUGGUGGCCAAGGAGCUGCGAACACUGCUGGAGGAGGCUGUGCCGCUGUCUUGUGCCCUCCCCAAGGUCACACUCCCCAACUAUGACAAUGUUCCAGGAAAUCUCAUGCUCAGCGCACUGGGCCUGCGCCUGGGAGACCGUGUGCUGCUGGAUGGCCAGAAGACGGGAACUCUGCGGUUCUGUGGCACCACAGAGUUCGCCAGUGGCCAGUGGGUGGGCGUGGAGCUGGACGAACCAGAGGGCAAGAAUGAUGGCAGUGUUGGGGGCGUCCGGUACUUCAUCUGCCCUCCCAAACAGGGUCUCUUUGCCUCUGUGUCCAAGAUCUCCAAGGCAGUGGAUGCACCUCCCUCAUCGGUCACCUCCACACCCCGGACUCCCCGCAUGGACUUCUCUCGUGUCACCGGCAAAGGCCGAAGGGAACACAAAGGGAAGAAGAAAUCUCCAUCAUCCCCAUCUCUGGGCAGUUUACAGCAGCGCGAUGGAGCCAAGGCUGAAGUUGGAGACCAGGUCCUCGUGGCAGGCCAGAAGCAGGGAACCGUGCGCUUCUAUGGGAAGACAGACUUUGCCCCAGGGUACUGGUAUGGCAUUGAACUGGAUCAGCCCACGGGCAAGCAUGAUGGUUCUGUCUUUGGCGUCCGGUACUUCACCUGUCCCCCACGGCAUGGGGUCUUUGCACCAGCAUCUCGUAUCCAGAGGAUUGGUGGAUCCACUGAUCCCCCUGGGGACAGUACUGGAGCCAAAAAAGUGCAUCAAGUAACAAUGACGCAGCCCAAACGCACCUUCACAACAGUCCGGACCCCAAAGGACAUUGCAUCAGAGAAUUCUAUCUCCAGGUUGCUCUUCUGCUGCUGGUUUCCGUGGAUGCUGCGGGCCGAGAUGCAGUCUUAGAGGCUCUGAUUCCCAAUGACACAGUCUCCUCGAGUGUUUCCUGACACCAGGAGCCCCUUACCCCCAGUCACCCUGAGAUAGAGACCCCCAUUAACACAUCCAGAAUAGAGACCCCCCAUUAGCCAGCCCUUCCUCACUGAGGUCCCAUUAUUAACAGGUUCCCCAUUAUAACUCCCCAAUACUGUCAUCCAGACAGAAAUUCCCUGAGUAGCACCUUCAGGUUAGUCCCUGUCCCUAGCCCUUCUGAGCAGACACCCACCCCUCCCCCCAUUAACAGAUUUCCAUUCUUACCCAAGUGAGGGUGACCCUGUUCACAUAAUGUUCCACAACAGGACCUUCUUGAGUCAUUCAGUGGACCAGAAAUCCCCAUUAACAAAGACCCCCCUGCCUCUGUUCCCCUUGAAAUGAACAUAGGUCACACCUUCAGAGUAAUUGAUCAUGUCACUAUCCCAACUUAACAUCAGUCCCCUCAAGAUGUCAUGACCCCAUGGUCACCCCAAAACCUUUGCUUUCCAAUUCUCCUAUCAGAGACUCUCCAUUAACAAAGACCCCCCCUAUACCUAUCCCUCAAGAAGAGACCCACUUUAACCAGCCCUGUUACCCCCAAUUUAUAGGCACCAAAAGAGUCCUGGAAGUGCUAAUUACAGGACCCCCAAGUCUUCCUACCCUCUAUGCCCUCAAGAAACCCCCAGUGCCUUGUAUGAAGCCCACUUACAAUGGCCCAUGGCCUCUGUGCUGGCCAGGCUCCCAGAAAUUUCUAUUUUUUAAUGACUUCCCCCUUUGGGGGACCCUAAAAUUUGAAGACCCCAUUCUUGGACUCUGGAGAUCCCAAACUCCAGAGUAUACAUAUCCCAAUUUCUCCUGGACCUAAAGCCCUGAAGCUCCUAGAAUACCCCAAAUUUCAUAUUCCAGGACACCCUCAAUCAUAGAGAUCCCUCAAAUCCCCAGGGAAAUCCCAAAUUUAAAAUACCAAUCCCAGCCCCUCAGGUAACUCCACUCAUGAGGUCCUUGUGCCUGGGAUGGAGGCGGCUGCAGUGAGGGUAUGCAUUCCAGUCUUCCGGGGCACCUCAAGCCCUAUUUGCAGGCACCAGGAGACCCCUAACAUGAGUUCUCACCCCCUGAUGUAAUCUAGAGGACUUCAAUACCCUGAGUCCAUGGAUCUCAAGAACC